GCAGCGGAUGUUUUGGAAAGCCUUCGGUAUUGGAGAAAAUGUCUAAAAAGUCAAAAAAGGCAAAAAAGAGAAAGCGCAAGAAGUCAUCGUCAUCCUCAAGUGAAGAAGAUGAUAAGUCAUCACAGGAAGAAGAUCUUACCAAGAAUCGCAAAAGUAGCAAGAGGAAGCAAGAUGUAAAAAGUCAGGAGAGCCGUGCAGCAAAACAGGAAAACUGUGCUUCUCCUUCAGUUAAAGAUGUUUCCCAAAGCACCCGCCACAUCAAGAAGCCUGUCUACAGACUGGCAAGAACACAAGCAACAGACCAGAAACCAGUUAUUAAGAAAGAAGAGUGUAGAAUGCCAUUCCAUAGAGAAAAAGGCUCUAGUAAAGCAAAACAUGAUAUUUCAAGGAAAGAUGACGCUGGCCGUGGGAGUAAGACUGUGGAAAGGGAAUCCUCAAAACCCUCACGUACCAACAGUGCAGAUGCAGUUCCUCCAAGAACAGACAAGACGUCUAAAGGCAGCUUCGAUGAAAAGUCUUCCCGGAGGAGCCCAUCCAAAUCAAAAGAGCCCCUAAUGAGUCCCAGUUUGGUUUCAGCUGAGCAGAAAGAACAGAGGCAGGAUGUGCUGAAGAGGAGGUGCAGAACUGAGAAACCACCAAGGUCUGGCGAUGACAGCAGCACUAUCAAGACCAGGGAACCAAGCAAGACCUCCUCCCACUCCAAAGAUUCUCAGUGGCAGAAGAAAACAGAACUGUUUGAGAGGUUGUGCCAAAGACAUCAGGAAAAUAAGGCCAAAAGGAGCUUGUGCACAGAAGCAAAAACCUCCUCUGCUUCGACCACAAAGCAUUCCUCCCCUCCAGCCAAGCACACUACCUCAGUUAGUAGCUCAAAUGCAGUGAAGAAAGUCACCUUAAUCCCACGGAGUGUCACAUCAGUGAUUUGUAAGACAGCUAAGUCAUCAUCAUCAUCAUCAUCAUCAUCUGCUCAGCAACAAAUAUCUUCUGUAGCAUCACCUCUACCUAUUCAUUUUAAGAUACCGAAAAAGGUUCAACCAAGGCCAGUAGAUAAUACCAGUGAGAAUAAUGAUGCCACUUCUACAAACAGAAACCUCAAACAUGAAACUGAGCUUUCAGACUCCAGGGCCUCAACAAGCAACUCUAAGCAGGAAACUGUCCAACAAGUUCACAGUGGUUUGGAUAUUACACCUAGUUUUUCAUCUGAAGGACAAGAUAAGAAGCUGUCUUCAUCAAGCCCAGUCCCAGUGACGCCCCAUACUCUCACUGAGCCGUGGUAUGAUCAGAUGCAAGUAGUGGAAGAGCUUCAUCUUGCCCGCUCAGAGAAGAGAUUGGAAGUUAAUGUCAUGCAAAGCUAUGGAGAACUCACCUGUAUGGAAAUAGACCCUUCAGAAGAGAGAGGUGCAGACACACAAUGUAAACAGCCUCCCCAUCAAGAUCUAAUCCUUGUUUUGGACACCAACAUUCUCCUCAGUGACUUGGAUUAUGUGAAAAUGAUCACAUCUCACGGCCUUGGAGCCCUGGUGUCUCCUGUAGUCCUGAUCCCCUGGGUGGUGCUGCAGGAGCUGGACUCCCUAAAAAGGGGAAGAGGCCUGUCAGGUUCUGUGGCCCACCUGGCAACUCCUGCCAUCUCAUACAUUUACAGCUCUCUGAAGAGCCGGGAACCUCACCUGUGGGGGCAGUCUAUGCAGCAGGCCGCUGAGAGCAGCAAUGGUCUGAAUGCCGAGAAUAAUGAUGACAGGGUGCUGCAGUGCUGCCUGCAAUACCAGAGUCUGUACCCAGAGUGUGCUCUCAUUCUAUGCACUAAUGAUAAGAACCUAUGCAGUAAGGCUCUCCUGAGUGGGGUGAAGGCCCUCAGCAAGAGUGAUUUGGAGGCAGAGGUUGGAAGCUCCAGGCAUGACUUUCAUCCUCCACAAAACAUUAAGACGCCCAUGCUGCCCCACAUCAGCCCUCAGGUCUCAUCAUCAAUGCAGAGCAGGAGCUCUACAUCGUUGCAGCCACACAGUCAUGAGAGAACAGGCCUUUCUGUAGAAGAGAACGAUAAGUGGCUGAGCAAAAGUGAGGAUAAAGAGAAGACAAACUGGGACCCCAGCAGUGUUUCUGAACUAGAAGACUGCCUGCGAGAGGUGCUCUCUGAUGUGUUAGAGGUGGAGAUGAAGGCCGCUUACGAUGACCUCUGGCUAGAAAUAGUUCAUCUUAAACCACCCUGGACUCUUCAAGAUGUCCUGCAGUGUUUGAAAAAGCACUGGAUUGCCGUCUUUGGGAGCGUUGUUCCACGGAGGAAGCUGCAAACCGUCUUACAUCUUAUUGAUUUCUUCAACUCAGGUAAUACAGCAGAUUGUAGCUCCACCUCAACAGCCCUACAAGAAGCCAAGGAGCUUGUGAAAGCGUUUGGGAAAAGCUCAAGCCGUGUUCCCACUGCCAUCUCCAUAAUGGCCAACAUUUACAAUAAGCUACAUCCACAGUGGGAAUCUCCUGCCUGUGAUGUUGUCAUGAAUGAUGAAGAUGAAGACAAACAACCCACGUCUGCUCAGGUCUCUCACCAGGAAGUGUGGGCUGUGUUUGAGAACAUCUGGUGUAAUGUGUGUCAAAUAAGCUUGGAAGUGUUUAAAGCUCUGGGCUUUGACCAUCACACCAUGCAGAGCACUCAGCCAGUGGGAGGUCCUCCGCCACCACAGGACGCCUUGGUGUGUUUAUACAAACUGUCCUCGAUGGUCUCGCAGCUGCUCCAAGCCUUCAGCAGUGUCUUGUCCUCAUCCCCUGGUUUAGAGGAAGUGCGGGCACUGCUGGGCAUCAUCCACUCUCAUGAGAUUGUUGAUGUCGAUUCCAGAUUGACGGCCAAAGACCUUCUUGAUUGUUUCUCACAACAAGACUACAGGGAGAAGCUGAGAGUUGGAGGGAUCCAGUUAAUGCAACUUAAAGAAGCCCUGGAUCGUUGUGUUGGGACCACAGGUCAAAACAUCACCUUUACCACACCACCGCCCUGACUGGAUCAGAAUCGGGAGUUUGUACAUCAGCCAAACAGAUGCUCUGAAUAAACUGAUAUCCUUUACUAGAAGAAAAAACUAAUUUGAAGGGAUGUCCGCUCAUACUGUACCUUUGGUGAUUAGAGCCUUUUUUUUUUUUUAUUUCUGUGUAGAAAUCAAAGUUUCUGUUUCCCUGAAUGGAUGGAUGUCCAUGGAUGUUCUCCAUCAUCCUAAAAGGCUAUACAUUUGUUAAACAGUUUGUAUUAUCUGUUUUGGACCAUUUUACAGUAUGCAGAGUUCAGCCGCAUCAAAUACUGCUUUCAUUGUACUCCAGUAUUCCUUCAGCUACUUUAUACCUGGUUCUCAUAUCUACUGUCAAAUCACAGGUGAGCAGUGAUUUGUCACCUUUUACAUUUCAGUUCAGUUAAAAGUGAAUGCUUAAAUCACUUAUUAUUAUUAUUUAGAUAAUUAAAGUUAGCUUUCAAACAGUUUGUCACAUAAGUUUGCAAAAUUAGAUUUUAGAUUUUUGCUAAUUUUAACUUUGUUGCAUCAUCACACAUUCAUGUGGUCCAAGACAUGUAUUGGACCAUAUGAAUGUGUGAUGAUGCAACAAAUUGUACUCUAGGUUUACCCCUCGGCCCAUUGUGACAACUGACAGACAGCGUAUUUUUUUAAAGGACUAUAUUUCUAUAUUUAAUUAUAUUUUAUCAGUUGAACAGUUGUUUCCCAUUAUUUAUGAUUAAGAAACUUUACCAAAAGCCUUAGUUCACAGGGCUCAAAGGAAUAGAAGGGCAUUUUGGUAAACAUGUUUAUCCACUUUUUUGCUAAGGAUACCACUCUCAUGUUAGUCCAUUAAUAUCGAUCUAGAGCGAGGAGAUGAUUUGCUUAGUUGAGCUUUAAGCCCGGACACAGGGAAACAGCCUGCCUGGCUUUGUCCAGACGUUAAAAAAAAAAUAUAUAUACAUCAGCCUACCAGCUCACUGAUAAACACAUUACAUCUCAUUUGUUUGAUUUGUACAAAACCCAAUGUGCAAUAAUGACUAGCUUUGGUUUUACAGUAGUUAUGUGUUUUUUUUUUUCCUUUCUCUAAAUUUAAUUUUUUGAUUUUACAAAAAAUUAUUAGAUAAAAAAUCUUCUUUUCAAGAGUGUGCGGGCCAAGACAGGCAGUAACAUAUGUUACAGACAAACUAUAAAACCUACACACAAAAAAACCCAGAAAAUUAAAUUACUAUAAAGAAAAACUCAAAAUUAUGUUAACAAAUAUUUAGAGUGAACCAUAAAAAACAAACAUCUUUUUGUAUUAUAAGUUGUAGAGGUGCUAGAAGGCAGAUUUUGUUACCUUUGGGCAGAGCCAGGCUAGCUGUUUCCUCCUGUUUCCAGUCUUUCUGCUAAGCUAA